AUGAAUGGUGAAGUAGAGGUAGAUGAUCCAUUAAGUAAGAGCACUUCAAGACUUUCCAUAUGUCAAGCAGAUAUGGAAGAAUUAGGGGAAAAGAAUCCUAGAUUACAAGUUCGAGAAUUUUUAAAAAAUGAGGGACAAUUAUCACGUCGUGAUUCUGCAGUUUCAUUAAAUUCAUUUGUUGAAGAUGAUACACCAAAGGCAAAAAGUAUUGAAAAGAGAAGAAGAUCAUCCGUUCAAACAACUGGUAUUACUCAACAACCUGCCAAAAAGGAAAAAAUUCAUAAACGUAAACUUAGAAAAUUAAAUCAUCCACCAACAGUUGAAUUAAAUCCCGAUACGGCUAAGGAAAGUGAUACAAGUGAAGGUGAUGAUGGUAAACGAUUCCCAUUUAAGAAUAUAAGACAGUUGAUACUUCAAAUUUUUAAUGUCCCACCAACUAAUAAAUUGAAAUGGUGUAAACUUGGAAAUCCAGAAAAGAUUCCUACAAUUUGUUUUUGUUUAGUUCCUGGGUUACAGUUAGAAGAUCGAGAUAAUAAAGACAAUGGAAGUAGUAAAAAACUGCUAAAGCAAUUACCAAUUUCAUAUUUGAAGAAAAUUGAUGAAUUACCAUUUAUUUAUGAUAAUUUUGAAACUUUUAUUAGAUCCAUGAGCCCGGGGACAAAAGAUUCAGUUCAUCUGCCACUACAAGCAAUAACUAAUGUUCCACUUACUAAAUAUGAAAAGAAAUCACUUAUGGAAAAACUGCAGAAACAAAAAAUCACCAUUCGAGAUUUAUUGUUAGCAGAACAACAAUUGGUUCAACAUAAUUAUCCUAGAAAAUUAGCUGAUGAUACAUGGAAAGAAACCCAACCACAUGAUCCUGCAAAUAAAUCACAUAUUUACGCAUUGGAUUGUGAGUUUUGUAAAGCAGGUACGCAAAGUGUUUUAACCCGUAUUUCAUUGAUUGAUUUCCAAGGGGAGGUUGUUUUUGAUGAAUUGGUUAAACCAGAGGAAGAGAUUACUGAUUAUGUUACUAAAUACUCAGGUAUAACUGAAGAAAUGCUAAAAGAUGUAACUACAACCAUUCAUGAUAUACAAGAUUUAUUUCUCAAACAUGUUUCUAGUGAAGAUAUUUUGGUUGGACAUUCUUUGGAAUCUGAUUUAAAUGUCAUGAAGAUCAUGCAUUCCAAAGUUGUUGAUACAUCUAUUAUAUAUGAACAUAAUCGUGGACCACCAAGUAAACCGUCAUUGAGAUGGUUAGCUCAACAAUAUUUGAAAUCUGAUAUCCAAACUGGUGAAGAUCAUGGGCAUGGGCAUUCAUCAAUAGAAGAUGCUAAGGCAUGUUUGGAUUUAGUCAAAUUAAAGAUUCAAAAUGGAAGGUUAUUUGGUACUAAUGUGGGGGAAAUUUCUAUAUUUCUGAGAUUAUCUCACAACUCUAAUUUCAAUGGAGAUUUUAAAUCACUUUGGGUCGGAUAUCCAAAUCCUCGAGGACCUUAUUUAGAUUUAGAAGAUUUAAAAUUGACUAAAAUCUCUGCUAAAAAUGAUGAUGAAAUAGUUGAUAAUUUUUUGAAAGAAAUUCCAAAUAAGAAAUUUGCUGUUGUUAAUUUAAGAGAUUUAGAGUUGAAUUCAAGAUGGGGUAAUGCACCUGAAUAUUACAGUGGAGAUUUAGAUUAUGAUCAAGUUAAAGCAUUUCAAAGAACUAACGAAAGAUUAACCAAGAUUUAUGAAGCCUUACCUGAAUGGUCGGUACUUAUUUGUUAUUCUCAACUGGGAGAUCCUAGAGGAAUGUAUAAAUUACAAGCUGUUAGACGUGAUUUCCAAAAAUUAGCUAAAGAAAAUGUUGAUGUAAGCACUUUAACAAAGGAACAGUCCUGGGAUGCUGAUAAACUUGAUUUACUUCUUAAGAAAACUGCAUUAGCUAGAGAAUCAUUAACUUUUAUUAAAGUAAAACCAUCUAAUGGUAUUACUGAAGAGAAAGGGAAUCUGCAAUAA